AUUAAAUUGCGAUCUUUGUUUAACCUGUACGAACUCACGGCUAAAAAUGACCUGAUAUGCUGGGGAAAAGAUGUUAAGGGAUUGGUCAGCAGCUGAUGAUCAACCUUUAUAAAAGUAAGCGUUGGCGCACCAUUGACCUGUGAUCAGGCAUGAUGAAGGUUCUUGUGUUUUUAGGGCUGGUAGCAGUGGCUCUCUGUGAGCCGACCAACUAUGUUGGGGAUAAAGUUUUCCGUAUGUGGCCUGUGAGCGAUACACACAUAACGUUCAUCAAGGAGCUGGAGGGCAAAGUAAAGGUGGACUUCUGGAACCCUGAGAACCCAAAUGCAGCCACGCUUUUCAGUGAAGUCGACAUCCGUAUCCCUGCUGCUUACAUUGACAUGGUUUUGGUCAUGCUGCAACAGAGCGGCAUGGAAUACCAAGUGCUGAUUGAUGACGUCCAGGCAGCCGUGAGACAACAGUUUGACAAUGACAGGAGGACCAAAGCCCACAGCUACAUUAAAUACAACAGCUGGGCAGAUAUCGAAUCCUGGGUCAGCUCCAUGACCAAGGGCAACCCCGCACUGAUCAGCCAGUCGACGCUUGGGAAAUCAUUCGAGGGCCGCACCAUGCAUCUGCUCAAGAUCGGAAAGAACACCGGCUCCACCAAGCCUGCCAUCUUCAUGGACUGUGGAAUCCACGCCCGCGAGUGGAUCAGCCCCGCUUUCUGUCAGUGGUUCGUCCAGGAGGCCGUGACCACCUACGGAAGCAACUCUCAGAUGACCAGCCUGCUGGACACGAUGGAUAUCUUUGUUCUUCCUGUGUUUAAUGUCGAUGGUUAUGACUACACCUGGAAGAGCGACAGGAUGUGGAGGAAGACGCGAUCUCGCAGGAGCGGAUCCACCUGCAUCGGGGUCGAUCCCAACAGGAACUUCGACGCUGGCUGGUGCACGGUGGGAGCUUCCAGUUACCCCUGCAGUGAUACUUACUGUGGACCUUCUGUCGAGUCGGAGAUCGAGGUUCAGAACGUGGCAAACUUCAUCCGCAAGAACAAGUCCAUCAUUAAGGCUUACCUCACCAUCCACUCGUACUCUCAGCUCCUCCUCUUCCCAUACUCCUACACAUACAACGAGGCCAAGGACCAUGCCGAGCUGAUGGCCGUGGCAACAUCUGCAUCAGCAGCUCUGCAGAGUCUGCACGGUACUCGCUACACAAGCGGCCCUGGAGCAGCUACCAUCUACCCUGCUGCUGGUGGUUCUGAUGAUUGGGCCUAUGAUCUGGGUGUGAAAUACUCUUUCACAUUCGAGCUCCGUGACACCGGACGUUACGGCUUCCUGCUGCCCGAGUCUCAGAUCCAGCCCACGUGCGAGGAGACCAUGCUGGCCGUCAAGUACAUCGCUGCCCACGUGCAGAAAAACCUGUAGAGGGAGAAAAAUGUGCAAGAAAUACAUGCAUGACAAUAAUAGCAAUAAAACAUGAUUUUCAAUAAA